UCGGACGGAAGUGACGUAGUUCGGUGUCGCUUCGCUUGGUGCGCAGUAGCCUCAGAUAUUCGAGACGAAUAAUAUCAUAACCAUAAAGUUUGGGGGGUGGGGAAGACAAAUCCACAGGAAACCAUCGACGGUCGCUAGAUCCCCAGAAUUUCAGCAUGAACCCGGUUUAUAGCCCCGCUUCCACCGGAGUGCCCUACUCCAACCCCAAGGGAAUCGGAUACCCGGCGGCAACUUUUCCAGUGGGAUACGCUGCCACUGUUCCGGCGUAUUCCCCCAGCAUGUACCCUGGAACCAGCACGGCCUUCCAGACAGGUUACACUCCUGGGACGGCGUACAAGAUGUCGUGUUCCCCCACCACAGGGACAGUGCCCCCCUACUCGUCAUCGCCUAACCCCUACCAGGCAGCCGUGUACCCCGUGAGGAGCACCUAUCCCCAGCAGAACCCCUACGCGCAGCAGCAAGGCGCCUACUACUCCCAGCCCCUGUAUGCGGCACCCCCCCACGUCAUCCAUCACACCACGGUGGUGCAGCCCAAUGGGAUGCCGGCUGCCAUGUAUGCCCCGCCCAUCCCCCCUCCCCGUGCCAACAGCGUCCCCAUGGGGAUGGUGGCAGGCACCACGAUGGCCAUGUCAGCCGGGACCCUGCUGACGACUCAUUCCCCAACUCCAGUGGCUCCUCACCAAGUCACGAUGCCUACGUACCGCCCCCCCGGUACCCCCACUUACAGCUAUGUGCCCCCCCAGUGGUAAAAGGCCAGUAAUGGUGAAUGUGAUCGAUAUGCCUCCAUCUUCAGUCUGGUGUCAUAGACGAGAUGGUGAACCCUUGUCAUCUCCAUCCAAGAUCUCAUUCUUCCAAAACGACGACAAACAAAAACGGGCAAAAAAAAAAAGCUAUCCUUCCGGCACCGACCCAACACCUCCCCUCCCCACCCCCCACUUAACCUCUCUGCUGUUUUCCGCAUCUGGUGACAAGGAUUUGAUGCACGUGUUCUCUCUGGCCUGCCUGCCUUGCGAAUAAGCGGUGUUGAGUUUGGAGUUUGGGGAUGCCCUUUUCGUUACACACGUCCCUGUACCACGCCGUAAAAGAUGCUUAGCUCUAAUCUACCUGCAGCCACUAAUGCAAACCUCCAAAGUAAUUUCAUAGCUGGACAAGGGUUAAGACAGCUAGCACUCAGUAUCACUAACGCAGUCGUAAUGUUACUUAAGAGUAGUAUUCCUUUCAAACGGAUGUGUAAAUUAUGUUAGUUAUACAAUGGUCAGUGCAGUAUACGGUGAACAAACACUAGCGUUUAGAUAGUUUGUUUGGUGUUGGCAGAAUGGUCAUUCCAAACCGGUUUUUAUUCCACUGACUGAUGCUGCAUCGUAUCUUAUUUUUUCCUUCAGUAUUUUGUAAAGGUUUUCUGUUUUUGUUGUUUUUUCUUUACGUGAAUGAGUGGGCGGUUCUUCUCAGAUCGGCCGCCCUAUUCUUACUCCCAAGCACAUUGUGUCGUGCGCGUGCGCAUUUCAACGUGACUGAACAACUCUGCCAGACACACGAUGACCUAGAGCCGGCACGCGACACAUUCAGCUUACUUAAAUGUCUUCGGUUGUUUCAAGCGUCUGGCCAGAUUCGCCUCUAGUUUUAAUGCCGCUGGUUUUGUCGGGUCAGGUAGGAGACGAGCUCGCUUUCCCUCUGCGUCACGCAGCCUGUAAACGGCAAUCUGACAGCACUAAGAUUCGACGUGACCAAGCCGGUGAACGGUAAACAAACAGAUUUAAUAGCGACGGAAAUUAGGUUUGAAGUUUAGCUGUUUCCCGGAGCUCUGAAUUAGUGCUGGGAUCCAUGAAAAGGGAGCAUUUGUUUAAAUUCCCGCUGGUCGUCUUGUCCAGACAUUCCUCUUUGCGGUACCAGGGUAUUUCGGCGCUCUUUGGGAGAGACGUUCCUUCCUGCGGAUUCUCACUCUGCUUCCAGAUGGUCUUUCUGGGGGGGUUGUCCAUGCACAGAGGGUAUUGAUAUCGCAGAAUUCUGGUGUGUCCCUAAAGAGAAGGGGCUUGCUGUCCCUAGAGUGUCCAAAAUUGUUGUAGGAUAGCUGUUACUUAAAAUGUCUUACACACCCCCCCCCCCCCAAAAAAAAGGUUAUAGCUGUGUAAUUCAAGUGUUUCACAGUGUUCCAGGUAGGAAAUAUGAAACUGGUAGUUGGUAAUUUAAUUGGCACCUAUGAAUUCCUACAUAAUUAGCAUUCCUCGGUUUAAUUGGGGAUUGGACCCCUCUCUCUGAGCAGGGGAGCACCGUGAAGGUGACCAGCUGCAUGUGACCACAUGACUUUGUUCAUUCCUCCGACUCAGCCCCAUCCUCAAUGCGACCGUGACUCUGGAUGACCGCCGGAAGGCAGCUGCAUGGCGACUUGCAUGCAUGUGUGUGUUCGUUGAACGAGAAGCGUGGACAAGCUUUGCACGGGAUGUGCCGUCGGAUUAAGCAGUAGUCCAUUCCAGCGGGAAGGCCGAGAUCCAGGAGGGUGGGGGGGGGGGAAGGCUGGAUGUUCCCAAAAACACAUCCUAACUGGGGGUAACGGUUCCACGGUAGACAUCCCGGAAGAUCAAGCUGGGCGUGUGCAUGCGUUAAACGUCCGUUUGUGCUUGGCUUUCUCUGCUUGUCGGAUUUGUUCUGUUAGAGUCGCACUCCUGCUUGUUUUGCCCACUUUAAAGAUGUAAGAUUAUGCCCCUGCCAGACCGGGGCGGAGCAGGAUGGCCUCAUUAGUGAUCCGGCUUCCUGGCCAGGGCGGGGGAGGGGGUGUGUGCUGUCAUUGUAUCAGGGUUUGGGUCAUUUCUAAACAUUCGAUGCAGUGACUACAUGAGCAAAAGCACUACUGCGUAUUUUUGUUUGUGAGUUCUGAAUUGCUGUUCGAAAAAAAAGUGUAAUUUAUAGUUUGGUCUGAUAAAUGUAUAUUUUCUUUUAUUACAUUAUUAUGAAAAAACGUCUCAGCAAUACAGGUUGUUGUUUUUUUUUUUUUGUUUAACUCGUUGGUUUCACGCAGCAGUUCAGACGCUAAGUUCUGAUCAGCGCUUCUGCCCGUCGGGGUUGGCCUGUCACGUGACGUGCCGGGAAGCUUGUCGGCCGAGGAAAGCCUGCUGAGAGCCACUGCAGUCAUGUCAUUUCGUUUUAUAUUCACUAGGUGGCGUUAUAUCCUGUCCACUGAACAGCGAUAAUAGGAACUUUUUUUUUUGGUAUGUUUGCGGAGAUGUACUGUAUUUCCAAUAUUUUAAAUAAAGUUGAUAUACAAAAAAACUGA